UGCAUUGGCUUCAAAUGCUAUAAAUACAGCUAUGAAAUGCACCCCAACAAUUAUUUCCUUCUUUGAUUUACUCAAUUCUAUUAUCAGAACAUGGAUAAUUCCCAGAACCUCAGUUACCAAGCUGGCCAGACCAAGGGCCAGGCUCAGGAAAAAGGUGGCCAAAUGAUGGAAAAGGCCAGCAAUGAUGCACAAUCUGCUAAGGAGUCCCUACAAGAGGCUGGACAACAAAUGCAAGCCAAGGCACAAGGUGCAGCUGAAUCGGUUAAAAAUGCAACUGGCAUGAGCAAAUGAAGCUCCCUUCUAUCCCAUGGAUGUUUCUUGGUUCCAAAAAUUACUCGACUUUUAUUGUUUUCAAGCCUGCUUCAAAAUUUUUGUCUUUUUUUUGUCCCUUGCUAAGGUAGAGUCCAUCGUAAGUUGUUGGAGGAAUUUUGUGAAUAGUGACGCCAAAAUAAGUAUAAUGAUGGUUUGUAAAUCCGUGCCG